AUCGACCCAAUCUCUUCUUCUGCUUCUGCCUUCGUAAAAUCGUCAGACCUUUGCUCCUCUUAACCAAGAAAUCAGCAACAUGGGUUCUCUCAGGCAGCUAUGGUUAUUGAGAAGAAGACCCUUUUCAGUUUGGAAAUCUCUGACAUCGAUAUCAAUUUCAACAAAGAACUCAUUUUUAUCUUCCUAUUUGGCAAAUAAUUCUCUGCACCUUCUUAAACCCUGUGUUCUUGGCCCUAAACCCUCUGUCUAUAGCAGCAAUUGUAGAAGCUUCUGUUCACGUUCCAAUUCCUUCAUUGAUAAAUCUCAAGGCCCUGCCGCCAUUGAUUACCACUCUAUGUUGCAGGAAGAUGAGUAUCAAAAGUUGGCUAAUUCAACAAUCCAUGAUCUAUUAGAGAAGUUAGAGGAAUAUGGUGAUUCCGUUGAUAUUGAUGGUUAUGACAUAGAUUAUGGGAAUGAGGUUCUAACGGUGAAGCUUGGCGACUUGGGAACCUAUGUCAUAAACAAACAAACACCAAAUAGACAAAUUUGGAUGUCAUCUCCAGUCAGCGGCCCUUCGAGAUUUGAUUGGGAUCAAGAUACUCAAGCUUGGGUUUACCGACGAACAGAGGCAAACCUGGUGGAUAUCUUAGAGGAGGAGUUGGAACAACUUUGCGGCAAACCUAUAAAUCUCUCUUAAAAGAACUUGGCUCAGCUGUGACUUGAUAAUUCUUUUUCCCCUUUUCUGGGAAGGAGGCUUGGGGAACUUGGAGAAGUGACAGACUAACUGUGUAUAUCUACAUGAAUUUCUUGACUUUGUUAUGGGCUGGACACUUAAUAAAAGUUUCACUUGGAAAACCAAAAGAGUUAAAUCAAAAUGUACUGAAAUGAAUAGGAUUUUCAUUCGAAAUUUAUUUUCCUUGCUCUUC